AUGACCCGCAUCCACCUGCCGCCCAUCACCCGCGGCCUGCUGGCGGCCACGCUCGCGUGCACCCUGCUCAACUUUGCCCUGCGCCCGCACUCGACGUGGGUCGACAAGGUCGAGCAGCCGCUGCUCGCCGUGGGCAACGGCGUGCCCUUUCUCGCCAUCGUGCCGGGCCAGUCGCUCGUCUACCCGUGGGUCGUCGGCCUGGCUACGGUCGUCGAGCAGAACCUCGCGGGCCUCUUGGUCAACGGCGCCGCCCUCUUCUACGGCGGCCGCUACCUGGAGCGCGCCUGGGGGGGCCGCGAGUUUGCCAAGUUCAUCGUCGUCGUCGCUGUGCUGCCCAACGUGCUGACGCUCGUGCUCUACCUGGCGGCGUACGCCGUGACCGCUUCGACGGCCCCGCUCAGCACCACCAUCUCCGGCGGCAUCGCCCUCCAGGCCGCCUUCCUCGUCGCCUUCAAGCAGCUCGUCCCCGAGCACACAGUGGCCAUCGCCAAGGGCCUCGUGCGCAUGCGCGUGAAGCACUUCCCCGCCAUCUUCCUGGCCGCCAACACCCUCUCCGGCGUCGUCCUCGGCACCGAGACGGCCCUGUUCCUCGGCUGCUUCGGCUUCCUCACCGCCUGGGUCUACCUGCGCUUCUACCGCCGAACCCCGUCGCUCGACUCGGCAGCCACGGGCGACGGCGCCGUCGUCAGGGGCGACGCCUCGGACACGUUUGCCUUUGCCCACUUCUUCCCCGAGCCCAUGCAGACCCCGCUUGCCCGCUUCGCCGACGGCCUCUACAACGUGCUGGUGUCGCUCGGCGUCUGCACCCCGUUCUCCGCCGACGACAUCGAUGCAGGCAACGACCAGGCCAGCGCACGCGCCGAAGGCGGCCUGCCGAGCAUCAUGAACCCCGACAGCAGGGGCGGAGGAGGAGGAGCCGCGCGCGCAGAGGCCGAGCGGCGCCGGGCACUGGCGCUCAAGGCCCUCGACCAGCGAUUGCACGCUGCUGCUGCUGCUCGCACUGCUGCGCCUGCCGCAUCAGCCUCGGAGCCCUCACACGCCCUCGGCGGGACCAACUAUGAGCCGGAACGACCAGACGCCCCGACCCAGCCUGUCUGA